AUGGUGUCCGUCCGGACGUUUAUGGUCAUUCUUCCCCCCGCUGCUCUUCUCAGGCCAUCCACACCGCAUCACCCCCGUCCGGACGGCAAGCAUCGGUACUACUCACCUUGUGGUUUGAAGCGAGGGAGGGACGCAGAAAGGCUCGUGGGUGUGUGUGUGUGUGUGUCGGUACGGAUACUGCUAAUAUGUAAAACGCCUCGGGCAUGGGUGGGGAGGGCCAUUUUGGGGAAAAUAAUAUAA